AUGGCCGAAGUCUCGAGCGCGCUGCCCUUUGGCGGCGGCGUCUUUGGCCUUAGCCGGUGCUCGCUUGGAUACUUUCUCGGCUUUGUCGUUGGCGCGUGCGAGUGCCUCUACUACAUUUUGUACACGAGUGCGCUCACGCUAACGCUGGGCGACCUCGUGGCACCGACGAUCGGUGACGAGUUUGUGCCGCUGGUUUUGUUGGGGACGAUCACUGCCGCUGUGCUCUUUCACGUGUUUCAGAACCGGUGGUUGUGGCACCUCACAGCCGGUGUCGUCGUGCUCGGUCUUGGUCUUCUCGCGCUCUACUGCGCUGGCGUUUGGCGCGCCCUGCACGAUGCGACGAGCUCAUCGAAGGCGGCGUCGUCCGACAGCGGCUGGACCCUCCUGCAGCUGCUGCCUCUGUACACCCACAGCUUUAUCGGCAUCGACGCACUCGCAUCGUUUGCCGACUACGUCCAACGGCCCGUCCAUAUUCUGCCUGUGGGUCAAGCACGCGCGUCGUAUUCGGUCCUUCUUGUCAGUGCGCUGGUCUUUGCCACUUCGGCCAUCGUACCGCCCGCGACGACAGCGGGGGGUCUGACGCGAGGCUUUCGGGAGGUGCUGGGUAUCAGUGAUUCGUCUGCUGCCCUCGUCUCGCUGCUGCUCAUCGUUCCUGCGAUCGGCGCCUUCGUCCUCACGUCGUCCAACACUCUUACGGGCCUCGCCAAGUCGAGUUUGGUCGAUCGCCACUUGGCUCGGCCGCUGCUGCGCUACAACUGCUACCCGCGAACGCUACUGCUCUGUGGUGUCCUGAGCUUUGGUGCGGCAGGGCUUGCACGGGCGGUCCCGCUUCUGGGUCGGAAUCUAUACAAUGUGUCUUUUCUCUUUGCGAUGCCGACAUACAUGGCCCACGCGUACGGGUAUGUAUUCCUCCGCGCCAAGUUUCCAGGGCUCAAGCGCCAGUUCGUGUCGCCACUGGGCCGCCAGGCAGGUGUCUACGCCAUUUGUGUGUUCGGUCUUUGCUGGAUUUCGCUCUUGGUUUGUCAAGAUGACAGCCUCUUUCUGUCGCUCGUCGCGGUCGCUACAGCAAUGCUUCUGACAGUGUACUACCACUGCCAUGCCAAGCGGCACCAGUCGCUCUCGGAAGACGAGCGUAAAAUCUUCUUUUUCGCGCACGUCCGCCAGCGAAACGAGGCCGCCAACCACCAUCGACGUCGACGUCCAAGCAGCGAACUGUGGCAGAAUGUCCGGUCGCGGCGCGUGCGAGAGCUCAUCCAGCUGCACGGCGCGCAGCCCAAGUCACCGGGCCACUUGCGGCAAAUGUGGCUCUCGUCGAACGAGUCCAUGUCAAGAGAGCUGCAGCCCAAGACACGUGUGGUGCCGCACGAUACUGCGCAGGCGACGACGACGCGACCAGCAGCCGCUGUGGAGCACCUCGAGCUCCAAGACGUGACGGAUCACUAG